UCUUCGCUUGCCAUUCAUUUUAAGCGCAGCAGCUUUGACCGAGCAUCACACAAUUAGAGAUAAGAGCUGUCAGAAGCAGCCGCUCAGACUGAGCUAAAUCAAAGCAUCCUCCAGGCUUCAGGUCAGGCGGAACUUAUAUUUUACGCGCGGAAGAACUUGGACCUGUCAACUUACUUUAAUUAAUUUAUAACUACCUGCAGCCGAAGAUGGAGCGCCAAAUCCCCGAUUUCUCUGGCACCUGGGAAAUGAAAAGCUCGGAAAACUUUGAAGAGCUUCUGAAAACACUGGGGGUGAAUGUGAUGCUGCGUAAGAUUGCAGUAAAAGCCGCCUCAAAGCCGCUGGUGGAGAUCACGCAGAACGGAGAGACGCUGUCCAUCAAAACGUCCACCACAGUCCGCACCACUCACAUCAACUUCACUGUGGGCCAGGAGUUCAACGAGGCAACCGUGGACGGCCGCCCCUGCACGAGUUUUCCACGUUGGGAAACAGACAGCAAAAUCAGCUGUGAGCAGACUCUGCAGAAAGGAGAAGGUCCCAAGACAUCCUGGACUCGAGAGAUCACCAGUGACGGCAAGCUGAUCCUGACCAUGAGGGCGGAUGAUGUGAUUUGCACCAGAGUCUACGAACGACAAUGAACAACAGCACUUCUCACUUUUUUGCCCUUCCAGUUCCUCUCUCCCCCUUUCUGUGUGCUGGGAGACACCAAUCUGAAGAUUUAUUCCAGUUAACCUGUUAGCGCCACCAUACAAUAUUAAUGUGGUAAUUGUACUUAGCAUGUCACAUUUAAAAUCUGAGCUUCUGUCUUCAUUUUCCUUGCGCGUUUUCUGACCUGACCAGCUCCAUUUUGGGUGGCACAUUGAGUUGCUAAAUUGCAGCUCAUGCAUUGGUUGUCUGUGCAUGUGUGUGUGACUGAGGGUUGUGUGGCAACAACAGGCGAGAUGUGAGACUAUAUUUGUAGAUGUGCAAACCAAUCCAUGAGCUCUUCCUUUAUCAGGUCAUUUUGACGUCUGUCCUCUCCUCUUUCUGUAGCCUCUCUCUCCUUUGCCCCGUCUAAUUUGUUUUUUGUAUUUAUUACUACACAA